AUGCAAUCUGCGAGGCCCCCUCAAAGAAAAAGUUCAACCUGCAGAAUAAAAACGUUACUACUCAAAUACCAAGGAACACAGAUUGAAACACCAAGAGUACCGUCCCCCUGCUCAAUACUGGAGUUAACUGUUCUUCAACCAAUGUUUGCUAAGAAACCAAAAUUCAAAUUUGAAUUGCUGAUCAAUGAGCUUUCCAAUAUACCGCAUACUUCCGGUUACUGCUAUCUUGAUGUUAGAGUAGGCGAUAGUCAUCUGGGUGGAUUGAUCGCAGCAUUCAGUCUGCUCAAACCAAUACCGAAAAGUCUCUCGUCUAGGGAAGAAGCGGACCAUGGUAAUCCGACCGAUUUUGUUCCAGGUACCAACUAUGCAACCAACUCUAGAUGUGUUCAUGUUCACACCUCGCUCCGCAAAAUCCACAAUUUCAAAUGCAGCUUCAACUACAAAGUCUCGUGCAAUCUACGGUUCCCAAUGAAGAAGAGAGACAAUAUGGUUGGGGAUAAGUUUCUCUCUAUCCGCGUUGUCUAUGUUCCCGAAAAAUCGAAGUCAGAUAAGAACAGUACAAACUUGGGCGAAGUGAAGUUGAAUUUGGCAGAAUAUCUCAACUUCAAUGAGCCUGUCACUUCCAAAUACCUUUUACAGGAUUCCAAAGUGAACUCCAUUUUGAAUCUCACUACUUAUUUAGAAGAGCUCCCUGCUGACUAUGAGUUUCAUACACAACUUCAUAUUGAAGACUCAAAACACCAUCUGUCUUCUUCCACUACCAGCUUCUCGAAAUCAAUGAAACUGUCGAAUAGAUCAUUUGCCGUCCCACAGUUUCAACGAAAGGGUGUUUUUGGUGGGCUAGGUGGUGUUCUCAAUAGCCAAUCUUCAAGGAAAGCGCUGCCACCCGCGUCUGAAGACCAUCACGCUAAAGAUCAACAAAAGGAUUCCGAAGCUUCAAACGAUCAAUCUGGUGAUGAAAUUCCAGUCUUCUCAUCUCGUUCUUUUGACAACGUUAUUGUCGAUCCUCUCGUGAGUGGCUUAUACAAGAAGGUUUUAGAAAGCACAUGGGACCCAGAACUACAAACUUUACUCAAGCUCACUCCGGAGAAGAUUGUGGAGAACAUUUUUUCAUCCAAUAGUUUGGACUACGCGGAGAUGGUUAAAAGUGACUUUGGUAAAGUUGAUGGCUUGGACUCUGAUGAAACAUAUAAAGAUAUGAAAGGGCUCAUUGACGAAAGCACAUACAGAGAUAAUCUUAGAAGCUGGAAAGUAACUUGGACAUGA